UGCACGAGGCGUUUUAUCGGGUGCUGGGCGGAGCAGGGGACUGCCUAGAGGUCCAUGGGGAUUGUUGGCUAGGGGGCCGAGCGGGGAGCGUCCCCGCUAGUUUGGCGGAAAGUGAGUGAUUUGUCUGUGUCCCUAGCAAAGAGGCAAAGAACUUGCUUUGCAGCCUGAGUAGUUGUUUCUUUGGAUUUGUUGUUAUAGCUUUUUCGAAAGAAUCUUUGUGUGUGUGUGUGUUGUUUUGUUAGGGUUUUCUGUUGUUGCAAAGGAACCCACACACACACACACCAAACUUCACUGGGAUCCGAAGUGGGAGAAAAGUGUCUAGCAAGUUGAAAGAAUGGAGCUACACAGCUUGCAAGAGGCGUUAAAAGUGGAAAUCCAAUGUCAUCAGAACGGUGAUCUUAAGAAACAAAUCCAUGAGAGGCAAUCGAGAAUAGCAGCUCUUAAUGAAAAGCAAAAGCUGGCGGUGCGGAGCUGCUCUGUCGCUGUGCUCGUGGGAACUGCAGGAGGGAAUAAUAGCAACAGCAGUGCAAUUAAUAGUGGCAACAGCAUCUCCAACAGCGCCAAAAAGCCUGUGGUGCCAGCACUCCUCAAAGAACCUGGAGGAGGAGGUGGUGGCCCAAGCCCUCAGAGCCUGGCUCUUUCCGUGCUUCCCACCAAGGGCCCCAUUGCCAUGGUGACUGCGCAUCUCAACGGUGGCCUAGGCUGCAGUGCCAAACCACAACAGAGGGCACCCAUCAACCUGCGGACCAAUUUGGGUUGCAGUGCCCACCGUGUGCCUGCCGAGCCAGGAUCCUAUUUGCAGGAUUUGGGAACCUUUACUGCAGUGCCGAUAAAAGUUCCUCAGGUCAGCUCCUUGCAGAGGUUGGCAGGACAAAGACCAGCAGUGCUACCUCAGGUUAGGCCAAAGACCCUGAUUCCAGACAGUCUCCCUAUUUCUCCCUGCAGAGACCAACCUUCUAAACAACCUCCUGCAUUCCAAAAGGCAACUGCAGUCAGCAGCAAAAACCCCACUCCUGCCCUCCCCACUGCCAAUAAUACCAUUAGCCAUGUACAGAACAGCCAAUCACAGAACAGUGUUGUCGAGUCUACAGCCAUCUCAUCACCCCUGAGCAGCGCUGGUGUAGCCUAUGCCAUCAUCUCCACAUCCCCCAACAAUGCAAGUCCCAUCGGCACCAGUGCUGCUGUCUCUGUGGUUAAUGACAGCAUUAAAGUUCAACCACUUCUCAUCAGUGCUGACAGCAAGGUUAUCAUAAUUCAACCUCAAGUUCAAACUCAAGCAGAGACUAAAGCGGAGACAAAGAAACCUCCUGAAGAAUCAGCUCAGGGACCCCCUGCUGCCAAAAAUAAAAAAGAGGAAAAUCCAGAGAAAAUUGCCUUUAUGGUAGCAUUAGGCCUGGUUACAACUGAAUAUCUGGAAGAAAUCCAGAACAAGCGCCAGGAAAGAAAAAGAAGAAGCACAGCCAAUCCAGCCUACAGUGGACUCUUGGAAACAGAGCGGAAACGCCUUGCAUCAAACUAUUUGAAUAAUCCCUUGUUCCUGUCCAAAAGAGCCAAUGAGGAUCCAUGUUGGAAGAAGGAGAUCAACCAUGAUGAACACUGUUCAACAUGCAAAUGUGGUGCUAACUUGCAGCUUUGUGGAAUAUGCCCCAGAGCUUAUCACCUCAGCUGCUUGGAACCUCCUUUGAAGACUGCCCCCAAAGGAGUCUGGGUCUGCCCAAAGUGCCAAGAAAAGGUGUUAAAGAAAGAUGAAAACGUGCCAUGGGCUGGAACUCUGGCUAUUGUUCAAUCCUAUGUUACUCAUAAAACAGUCAAAGAAGAAGAGAAGAGGAAGUUAUUAAAUAGAAGCUGUGAACUGAGGGGAGAACACAGGCAGCUAGAAGAAAAAGAACGCUUUCUCAAUAAUGCCAUAAAGAAGUGCUUAGAGCUAAAAAACAGCCUAUUGGCUCAGCAAAAAGGGGUUCAGACAUCUCUGGAACGCCUCAAAACUCUCAUUAGACUGAUACAAAAUCAGCAGAUGAUUCAGGUUACCAUCACAACCACAACCACCUCCUCUCUGCUAACUGUUCCCUGGAUCAAACCAUCUUCUGCCUCAGCUGCUGCUGUACACAAAGCCUUGAAGCCAACACAGGGCAACAACUGACACCUGAAAAGCUUUUUCUUUUUAGAAAAGAAAAGAAAAACACACACUCUAGAAAGAGAUGAGCUAUUACAAGAAGAAACCCGAGAAAAAGACUGCAUUGGUGUGUUUUUUAUGACACCACAGUGUUGGGAAAAAUCAUCCAGUUGGUGUCAUGGCAAUUUUCUACAGAGCAGAUCUUGCGACCAUUUUGUAUUGCUGAGAUCUUCAGUGCUUAGGAGAUUAUUUCUUUUUUUCGUUCUUGGCCUUAAUGUAUUUAACGAAUAAGGAAAAUGAAGCAGCAUAUGUUGGCCGAUGAGGGAGGUGGGAUGAAAUAUCCUUUUAGUUUUAAAAAGUUCUCCCUUUGAAGGAAAAAUAGUUCUAAAUACAAAGAAUUAGUGGGAUAGUAUAUAGGUAGAUGGUAGGAAAACUUUAAAGAAGUGAAUAACUUGAAACUCAAUGUGAAUUUCUGAUUUUUAAAAAAUGAACAAAGUCUGCCACAUUGAUUCAGAUGGAUUCACAUGACUGUGAAACAGACACUCACAAAGCCUUCAAAAUCAGACCGAUCUCUCUUUUUUUGCAGUAUUAUAGGUGAGAAUUGCAGAUACUUAAAUAAAAAUGUAUGAGAUUAGCAUUUCUAGUGAAAUAUUGAAGUAUUUUCUUGCUGAUGCUUCUGUAUAUGUGUUCUGAAGUAUUUAAAGAGGUAUGCCUGUAAAAUACCUAAUUUUUUGCAGGCCUUUUCAACUUAUUUUGUUAUCAAUGUAUUUUUCUCAUGGAGUUUUUUGUUCAUACACCAUAAUAGUGACAAAUAUCUUCAGCAGAUUAGAUCUUUACUAUUUUGCGGGGACAGGGGAUCAGGUUUUUUUGUUUGUUUUUUUGUGUUUUUUUAAGAAAGCAAAUAAUCUUUUUGGUUUUGCUUCCCCUGCUCCCCAUCCUUACAGUACAGAUGAUAUGCCAAAAAAACCCUUAGACUUUUGUACUGCAUUUUUAUUGUAAAGUAGGGAAUGUGUUUUCUUUUGUUUUCAUUCCAGAAGUAUCUGCUAAAUAGUACAGAGAAUAAAUUGCCUCAAGGAGUUGUUUUUUUUAAUUGGCUAUAUCAGGAGCUUUGGGGAAAGGAUGGGCUGUCAAAUUAUAAAUAAUGGUUGUUGGGAGGUUUUUGUUUUUGUUUUGGAAACUAAUUUUUUAAAAUCAUUUUGCUAAUUUUUAUCACAUGUGAAACAUUCAGCAUUAACCUAAGAAAAUGCUAGUGAAUCUGCUUUUAAAUUUUUUAUUUCUCUUCACUAGCUAGUCUUCCUGAUGCAACAAGGGUCAGUCUGGUCCCGUCAUAGGUCUCUUGACCUAUGUUGGAACGCUGAGACCUACCUCAGAAGUCAGUGAUGGGCGAACCGAUUUCUCUUCCACAUGGCUGUUACAUUUUACUGAGUCUAUUUCCUUCCUCAGGAAAAGAGAUAUUUAAGCAGGAGUCAGAUUUUGGUUGACAGAAUGUGAGGGAAGUCAUGAUUCACGCAAGAUUUAACAGUUCAUUCUUGGAUAUAUUCAAGAUUAAAUUGCAAAGUAGCAAUAUAUUUUAAGAGCAUUUAUUAUGGUUUUUAAAUCAUUCAUAAUUACAACUAACAAAAGUCACUCUUUAUUUUAAGCACAGGGAUUCGUGCUUCUGUUAUGCAUAUCUAGGACUUCGGUCCAUUUGGUUUUUUGUUUUUUUUAAACAGUUGUGUCAGUUUGUAGAACCAGUUAAUUGACCAGAAAUAUAUGUGCUUCUGAGAAAUAAUCAAAUAUGCUGGUGGGGGUGGGGGGAAGGGAGUACCAGAACAAGAGAGGAAACCUUAAAGAUUCACUGGAAUUAUUAGGCCCAACAUUUCAAGCAGAUACUGUUUUUCAAGGUCACUAGCAAAGUAGUCUUACAGUAAUUUGGAUGCAUAAACCAAUUUACAUUGAAAAGCAAUUUUACAUUGAUAAGCAUUUCUACAUAGCUAAAGCAUCUCAUAGUAGCCUAUCACAUGGUGCUGAAAAGUCGGGGAAUUUAGCUUUUGAUUGAUUGAUUGUGAGUCGCCCAUCACUAGACAGCACACAGUCCCUUCAACCAUUUUCACAACUCCGGGAAAAACUGUGCAGUACUAUACAAAUCUAUUUUAAUACACCUAACACUCUGUUGAACAAGGUUUUUAUAUGCUUUUAUUGACAGACAGAAGUGUCUGUCAAGAAAAACACAAUUGUGGUACAUUGGUUAUUGUACACCAAUUUAUGCAUUCAGAUGUGGCUUGCAGUGUAAACGUUUUCAGGUUUGAUCAUUUUUGUUUCAUUCUCAGAUGAAUUUUAAAAAAGAAACAGGAAAAGCACAGAAAGUUGAUGGAAUGUACAUACUUUCUGUAGAAAUGCUUUUUUCUGGGACUGUUAAAAAGUAGUUAUUUUGGAAAAGGGACUGUCCAGUGGAUAGUGUGCAUAGAAAACAAAGUGUUUGUCUUAAAUAUACCAAUGUAGUUUACUUCUUCAUGAUGAAUUAAACUUGACUGACAGAUUUAA